UCGUGGGUGCCGGUUCACUGUUAGUCGCGAGCGCUCCAGGUGGGACCAGGGAACGGCAGGUGGCCAUGGCUGAGGACGUGACUGUGUCAGAGGAGACUCUGACCAGCAGUCUGAGUCUGCUGGUCAACUUGGGCAAAGUCCUUCUAGAGAAAGCCAAGCAGGAAGCAGCAGAGUCCCUGGAGAAGUUCGUCCCGUACAAGAUCACCACUUUGUACGGGUUGAUGACAGCCGGAGCGCAGUUAUUCAAAAGCCUGGGAGUGAAGAAGAAGAGUGAAGCAGAAGCUGUGUGGCAGAAGUUUUAUCACCGUGCAGCGGUGAGAGAGCAGGUGGACGAACUUCUGCAGCUGGAGAGUGAUUGGGACUCCUUCCUGGUGAGUGUGGACGAAGGCCUGCAGACGACAGCCGGACUGUCAGGGGGAACGAUAGCAGAGAGCCUGAGUCCCGAUACGCCGUUCACCGACGGACGAAGCGGAAAGAGCGUGACUCUGGGUCAGUACCUGGAUCAGGGUCAGAAGCUGCUGCUGGUUCUCAUCAGACAUUUCGGAUGACUGCCGUGACGAGACCACGUGGCCGAGCUGGAGGCCAGUCAGGCUGUCCUCGAGGCUCGGUCGGUGAAGGUCUUGGUGGUUGCGUUCGGCAGCGUGGAGGGAGCCCAGAUGUGGUUUGAGCAGACCGGGUGUAACUACGACAUGGUGUUGGAUCCACAGAGAACGGUGUACAGGAGCUUCGGCCUCGGCUCGUCCUACGCCCAGGUGAUGAAGUUCGGCUGCCUGCUGCAGUACGGCGAGUACGGAGCCGUGGACAGAGACUUCCCCGACGUCCCCCCUCGCCUGCUGGAAGACAUCUACCAGAUGGGAGGUGACUUUUUGCUGGACGGCGCAGGGAAGGUCCUUCUUUGUCACCCGUGCAAAACCCCUUUUGACCGGCCCACUGUGAACGACAUCCUGCAGGCCGCAGACCGCGCGAAGCUGUGAGGAGGCAUCUGAACACGCCGACGACACCACGGAAGAAGAGCAGCGCUUUAACCACACGUUCAUGACGUCGCGCCUCGCUCUCAUGACACCAUGAAGAGGCGCGACCGAUGCAGAGCUGUGAAGCAGAGACGGCUGAUCUUCUUUGGUCGUGUCAGUGUCGUUAUGGCAGCAUUUUUUGGAUGAAUGGUUGAAUAGUGAACUGGAUCACAAUGUAAUUAUAAAUAUAAAUGUAAUGUAUCUUAAAAAAAGAUGCUGAUUUGCUGUACUUUUUAAAAAAUCUUUAAAUUAAUACAGCAUUUCUUAUGGCUUUACUUUAAAAGUGCCUUAAGCAGAUUUUGCCGCCUCCAUGUGGCAGUGAGAGGUACUGAUUUUAACUCUGACUCAUGCAUCAUGAUGUCAACUCUGACUACUUCAUGAGACUUAUUUCCUUCCAUGUGGAUCGCCCGGUUGAAGAUGAAGGGAAGAAAAAAAAUAAGUCCUGCUGCAUCCCUUGCUCCUAAUCUAUUUUUUUUUAAUCCACAUGUAUGUUUAGAUUAAAUUUGGAUAUUUUACUGUAGAAAAUAGAUGUAAUUGCUGCUACAGGUCUGAUAUGUUCAUGUCUCUAAAUAAAAUAUGCACAUCAUUUGUCUCUAA